AUGGCUUGUCUUGGUCUCCCAUAUCACAAUGAAAUGUUGCACAGUGUUAUUGGACGAUUCUAUUUUGAAUAUCUGUUUAAGGCUAGGGUUUUGCCACAAACAUUAAGGUUAGACAGAGGGACAGAAACUGAUGUCAUGGCAACAAUUCAUUGCUUCCUACGAGGUGAUUUGUAUAACGCUUUAGAUGCUAUAAUUUAUGGACCUUCCACUCAAAACAAGAUUGAAAGGUGGUGGAGGGAUCUUCUUGAGAGAAUGGAAAGGUUUUUUAAGGAACAACUUAAAUGCUUGGUUGAAAGUGGAGAUUAUGAUUCCAGUGAUCAAAAUGACAGAGACUUACUGGCUUAUGUAUACAUCCCAAUAAUUCAAAAGGAACUAGAUAUUUUUCGUGAGUGUGUUUGGAAUAACCACAGAACACGUAAACAGAGAGGAAAAGAACUGCCAGCAGGAAUUCCAGAACACAUAUUCCAUUUUCCAGAGAAGUAUGGUGGUGAACAAUGUGGAAUUGAUAUUACAGAAGAACAACUGCUUGAGGUUUCUGAGUUAUCAAAUGUUUUGGAAGACAAUGAUGAUUAUAUAAGACCAGCUGUUCGUGAAGAGUGUAAGAAGCAUUUGCCCCAAAUACAUGAAAUUAAUCCCAGUGAUGCUAAGGAAGCUUAUUUAUACUUAAAGAGUCAUGUUGAUGUGAAUAUUUUUUAAGACACAAUAGAAACUCGCUUUAUUAAAAUCGUAUUUUGAAAACUGAA